CAAUUCCCACGUUCAGUCCAGCAGCAGCCCAACACAGCUCAGCGGAGCUCCUGUACUCAUUGAGGCUCCCAGAUGCAGGCAGAGAAAUUCUAAGAAAACGGCUUUUUAAAUUUUCGGAUAAAUAUUAAAGAUUACAAUUUUCUGGAGUUGGGCUUCAGUUUUUAUCAUGAAAGGACAACUUCUGAAGUUUUUCGGCCUCAUGCCACAACUCUAAAUUGAAUGCUUUAUUGAGUCAGUGCUUCUAUUUAUUUUCUUUGGGUAUUUCUAACCUUGGACAAAUGGACUGAUCCGAAGUUUUAUUUUUAUUCUAUUGGUACAAUGAGCGGUGCUUAUUGGAUUCAUCUUCACCCGUGGAAUUAAGUUGUUUCAGAGAUUUAAUGUUAUAUUUUGCAGAGACUAUGGCAUUUUGUUUGCGGAUUCGCAUUUUUACAGCUUUUGUCUCCUUUAUUAAGGUUUAUGCUCAAGUGGCGCAAGCUCAGAAGCAUCCAGGCCUGGAGGUGUUGGACACGGCCUCGCAUUACUGGCCGCUGGAUGCAGUGGAAGGAAUCCAUGAACUGUGGGAUCAUAAUGGAAACAGAUCAGGUUAUAUUAACGGAAGCAACAUAACUAUCAGAAUCCACAACCACACUGUGCUCCCUUCUUCCCAUAAUUCUUCCUAUGUGUACAAUGACUCUGCCUACACUAACAUUUCUGCAAUACUAGACAUUGUUGAAGGAAUGGUCAACAAGGGCAUCUUUCUGAAUGGAGAUAACGGUGGCACCUUUCUUCACUUUGGAAACUACCAGAACACGUGCAUUAGUGACCCUAAUUUAUGUGGUCCUGAGGGCAUUACCUUCUCCUUUUUUUGGAAAAACCACGAGUCAGCCUCCCGCUUUGCUGUCGCUUCUGGAGGAAAAGUUAUCUCCAAUGGCUUCUCAGUCUACACAAACCCUUUAGGAGGAUAUGUGGAGUUUUACACUCGUAGCAACAAGCACAGAUGGCGGGCCAACAUCGACGUUCCAGGGCCAUACUGGACCCACAUCCUCUUUACAUGGACUAAGAAAGAUGGCCUGAAGGUCUACAUCAAUGCGACCCUAACUGCUGAGAACAAAAACGGAAGCAUCUCAGAGGAAACCUAUGGAGACCCCUACCCUGACCUCGUCAUUGGAACUGCCAACAAUAAGGGAUAUAGUCACUAUGUAACAGGAGCCUUUGAUGAAUUCGUCAUCUGGGAAAGGGCCCUUUCACCUGAGAACAUCUCACUCUACUACAAUGCAACUAUAGCUUGGGACAUGGUUUCUAAAACAACACCUAGAAUCUCCAAGGAAGUGAUCUCAACUACGCCAAUGGCCAGAGCCGCUGAUAUGAGUCCCCCUGUCAUCAGCAGUCUCCAGGAGGAGCUCCGACCCACAGACUUCUUGCCAGUGCAGAGUUUCCUGAAGACGCUGCCCAAUGGAACCAUUUCUCGUGAUACUGCGAACAACCUCACACAGGGUUUGCUCAAAAGUGUGGAAGAAGUGCUGUCUUUUCCUGGACUGACAGAGCAGCAGUCCACCCCUGUGGUCAGCGGACUGGUCAAGACAGUGGACAGAGUGAUGGAACAUGUAGUGACUAACCUGGAGGACAGCCCAAACUCUCUCAUCUCCCUGGAUGGAACAUCUUUUGUUGCAGAUUACUCUCUGAUGAAACUCCCACAGAAUUUUGAGCUGUCACAUUACCGCUUCCCCACAGAAGGCAAGAGCUACAUCUCUGUGCCUGGAGAGGCGUUUGCAAUGGAGUCUCAAACCACCAUUGUUGGCCUUUUUUAUCACAACAUGCACAGCUACUACAAAGAGAUCAGCCCUGUGAAGACCAGGAUUAAUGAAGCAGCUGAUUACAAGGAUCACAAAAUCCAUGUAGCAAGCUGUCUGAUUUCUUUGAAAGUGGAGCCUCUGCCAGCCCUGUCGGUCAACCUUUCUGGAGCGCCACUCAUAAAGAUUGUGCUCACCCAUGUUUUGACUAAAGAGCAACAGGACCAAGUACAGAAUCAGAGCAAUAAAGUCUUCCUCUACUGUGCCUUCUUGGACUACAGUUCUAAAGAGGGAGUAUGGUCCAACAAAGGCUGCGUGCGCGCACAUGGAAACAUGACGUACUCCGUGUGUUUGUGCAACCACCUUACCAACUUUGCCAUCCUCAUGCAAGUUGUGCCCUUAAAGAUUUCUACUGGCCACAAGGUGGCACUAUCAACCAUCGGUUACGUUGGCUGUUCUAUUUCCAUCUUCUGCCUUGCCAUCACUCUGGUCACCUUUGCAGUCUUAUCGUCAGUGAGUACCAUCCGUAACCAGCGCUACCACAUCCACGCCAACCUCUCCUUCGCCAUCCUGGUGGCAGAGAUCUUACUGCUGAUCAGCGCUCGCUUUGACCCUGGCACGCUGCCAUGUAAGGUUAUGGCUGUCCUGCUACACUUCUUCUUUCUGAGUGCUUUUGCCUGGAUGUUGGUGGAGGGCCUUCACCUGUACAGUAUGGUGGUCAAGGUGUUCGGCUCUGAAGACAGCAAACACUUCUACUACUAUGGCAUUGGCUGGGGUUCUCCGUUCUUGAUCUGUGUCGUGUCCAUGACAUCAGCCCUUGACAGUUAUGGAAAAGUUGAUAACUGCUGGCUGUCACUGCAGAACGGAGCCAUCUGGGCAUUUGUGGCACCGGCUCUUUUUGUGAUUGUGGUAAACAUUGGCAUUCUGAUAUCCGUGACCAGGAUCAUAUCUCGAAUCAGCGGAGAGAAUUACAAGGUUCAUGGAGACGCCAAUGCAGUCAAGCUGACCAUAAAGGCAGUAGCUGUGCUUCUGCCUAUACUUGGCAUUUCCUGGAUCUUUGGUGUUCUCGUGGUCAACACACAGUCUUUGCCAUUCCUUUAUAUAUUUGCAGUUUUCAACUCAUUACAAGGGUUCUUUGUCUUCUUAUUUCACUGUCUUCUCAACUCUGAGGUCAGAGCUGCUUUCAAACACAAAACCAAGGUCUGGUCUCUUACCAGCAGCUCCAUCCGAAACAUUAAUGUGAAGCCCUUCAACUCUGACAUAAUGAAUGGACACAAGGAGGGUGUAACUCCCACCAAGAUGAACACAUGGGACAAGAGCACCAACUCAGCCAACCGCAUUGACCUCUCUGCCGUGUAGAACCCCACAUCACUAUUUCCGCCUGUGGUGGGAGAGCAGUCUGAAGCCCCCAGAGUGUCCUCCCACAUUAUUAUGUAAUGAAUUGGACAGUGGUCUGCUUAAGUUAAAAAUGUCACCAAAAGAAGUGUUUUGUAGCUACGCGAUAGCUUCAUCUUUAAAGACAAACAGAUUCUUAGGACUGUGCCUUACUAUCCACUCAAAAUAACAUGCCGCAUUCCCAAAAAGAAAACCAGAAGGA